AUGGAACCAGAGACAUCCCAGCAGCCCCGUGAUGAACAACCUGAAAAAGAGCUACCACCAACCCAAAGUCAGUACAUUUCCCCUGGUCAAGAGAGAGACGAAGGAGCAUCUGCAGUUCAAGGGCUUGACCUGGAAGCUUUUCAACAAGAAAUGGCUUAUCCAAGGCCUGGGGGUGAGCGUGGAGAUGGUCCUGAUGUCAAGGGGAAGAGUCUUCCAAAUCUAGAGCCCAUUAAAAUGCCAGAAGCAGGUGAAGGGCACCCACAGGUCUAA